UGGAAAGGUACAUAACGUGAGGGUUUAGGACGAAGGGACUCAUUCUUCACUCAUUCUUCAAACGAUAAAGUUCGAAAAACAGAAACAGAAGAAAACCCACUCCCAGUGCAGCAAUAUAUUUUUUAUUUGUUGUUCAGCGAUCCAGUAUUUCGCUUUUCACGUGCGUGUGUGUACAAAAGAGAACCGAUCGGACAGAGAUGUCAAGUGUGGUGUAUUCCAGCAGCAAGAUGCAGUCCCAGAUUCCGGUGCCUGUGCCAGUGCCCGACAUGUUCCCCACCACGAUCAGCGGCGCCGCCAAGGUGUUCCGCUACCAGCACAUUAUGCCGGCUCCCAAUCCCGGCCAGGAGAUAAUCUCCAGCGGUGGAAGCUCCAUGCCCAUCAAGACGCGCAAGUAUACGCCGCGUGGCAUGGCUCUGGAGAGAUCUUCAGCCUCGUCCUCAUCCUCAUCAUCAUCGUCCUCCUCCUCCUCCUCAUCGGUGCUGGGGGCUGGCGCACCGUACAACGUGGACCAGUCGCAGUCCGUGCAGCGGCGCAACGCCAGGGAGCGCAACCGCGUGAAGCAGGUGAACAACAGCUUCGCCCGAUUGCGGCAGCACAUCCCUCAGUCGAUCAUCGCUGACCUGACCAAGGGAGGUGGCCGGGGACCGCACAAGAAGAUCUCCAAGGUGGACACGCUGCGCAUAGCCGUGGAGUACAUCCGCCGGCUGCAGGACCUCGUCGACGACCUCAAUGGCGGUGCGCCCGCCAGCUCCAGCGCCGCCAGUGCCGUUGUCAGCCAGCUGCAGCUCUGCCUGGACGAGGAGACCUGCAGCAAUAGCUCCAGCAGCUCCGGGAGCAGCAGCCACGGGAGCCACCACCUCUACUACAGCAGCUCCCUGGCAGCAGCAGCUGCGGCGGCGGCUGCCACGACGACGACAACUCCGCUGCAGCAACAGCAGCAACUACAGCGCCAGCAGUUCCCCCAUCAGCAGCCAUUGGCACCCAUCUCGCUCAACAGCAACCUAGUUGGAGUGGGAGUGGGAGCAGCAGCAGGUGGUGCCACCAUCAGCAUCCCCGGGCAGACGACGGCCUGCCACUCGCCCACCUCCUCCUUCAACUCGAGCAUGUCCUUCGACUCGGGCACCUAUGAGGCGGCGCCCCAGCAGCUGUCGGCACCCCACAUGGAGCUGGACAUGGAACUGGAGCCGGAGGCGCAUGACGCCCAGCUGCAGCUCAAGUUUGAGCCAUACGACCACUUCCAGCUGGACGAGGAGGACUGCACGCCCGAUGACGAGGAGAUCCUCGACUAUAUCUCCAUGUGGCAGGAGCAGUGAUCUCCGCCAAUCCUCCACACCUCUCUUCCUGCAUCCUGUUUUCAUCUAGUCAAUUAUUGAGUUGAACCAAGUGCCUCAAAUUGUAAAUAGACUCAGUUUUUUAGUGUUCCAUUUAGAAAUAUUACACACUCCUUUUUUUGUAUAGA